GGCUGCCAUUCGGUGCAAAUGGCAUUGUAUUUGUAGAGAGAGAAAAUCGUUGGGUUUUUUGUUUUCUUCCAUUUUUCUAGAGAGAGAAAGUGGGAAUGCUUGUGACUGAGCUGCCUUCGCUGAUUUUGAGGCAUCACUGAGAGAGAAAGGGAGAUUGCAGAGCAAGUUUCAGUCAUACCCAUUCAUACUUUCAAUUUCUUCUUCUUCUUGUUUCUGCAUUUUUUUUCAGGAAAGGAGUUUGUUUACAGGAAACAAGCUUGGCCAUUGCCAGAGUCCAGCAUUUGCAGUGUUUGAAGAUUGCUUCACAGAGAGAUCAGUUCCACUUUUGAAUCAGCUACAACAAUGGCUGACUCUGGUUCUGAGUUGUGUCCUGUUCAGUCUGCCGUGUUGGGGCACAAAUCCAAAGGCAGCCCUUUUUUCAGUGUCCCUGGUCUCUUUGUUGGCUUAAAUUUCAAAGUAGCUUCAGAUCAUGAUUCAGUCAAAAGUCCCACCUCUCCUUUAGAACUUAGGGUGUUUUCAAAUCUUAGCAACUCAAUAGGAUCCCCUAAAUCAUCCUAUGGCGGCCAUAGAAGGAGCUGGGAUUGUAGUAAAGUAGGAUUAGGCAUUAUUGAUUCUCUUGAUGAUGAUAAUAACCUAUCUGCUAAACCUCUUGGAUCAUCUGAGAGUAAGAACAUCAUUUUUGGACCCCAAGUUAGAACCAAGACUCAGACCCCAAAUCUUCACAUUGAUCCAGUUUUUCCCCGGGCAGGUCCUGGAUCUUUGCCUAAAAAUUGUCCCAACUUUCUACCAUUGCAGUUCAAAUCAAUACGUGGUGGUAGCUCAGAGGUUUUCUUUGAAAUUGGAGAACCAUUAGAAUUCAAGCCUUCAAAGAAGAGUGAGGCGUGUUCAUUGGACUCGACCCGGUUCGUCUCUGCAUCUCGUGGUGUAAAAGGUCGCAGCUUCUUCCAUUCUACAAAUCCAUUUGUGAAGAAAGUGAUGACAAAUGGUGAUUCUGAGCCUCAUGACAAAGUUUUGUCUGCAGAUGUUUCAACCUUAGCAUCUGUAACGCUACCUGUUUCCGGGUUCGUAGAGUCUCUUUCUGCAAGCCAGAUCGAGCUCUCCGAGGAUUAUACUCGUGUAAUAUCCCAUGGUGCCAAUCCAAAAUCCACUCACAUUUUUGGUGACUGCAUUUUAGAAUGUCACUCUAAUGAUUUGAACAACUUGAACAAGAAGGAGAUGAAUGAGAUAGGAUCUCCUCUCUCAGUUCGAAGCAGCCUGGACAAUCCUUCUCCAUGUCAACCAAUUGAUUUUCUGAGUUUUUGUUACUUUUGCAACAAAAAACUUGAAAGUGGGAAAGACAUAUACAUAUACAGGGGCGAGAAAGCGUUUUGCAGCGCUGACUGUCGCCAUCAGGAGAUUGUGAAUGAAGAAGAAUUCGAGAAGCCUGUCUGUGAAAUCUUCGAACAUUCUUCAACAUCCAGAGAUGGCAAAGAAGAGUUUGAAACUCAUGGCACCAUUUUUGAAUAAACAGGUUGGUGUCCUCCACAGCCACAGUGCCAAUCGACAAAUGCUGUUCGGUCGUCUGUUAACAGAAGAGCUGUUGUUAUGGCAGCCAUGGAUGAUCCUGUACAUUGAUGAUGCAUUUGUUUGAUUUGCAUUUCUUCACUGUCAGGGUAUGUUUUUCAUCUUUUUUUCCUUCUGAAAUUCUCAUAAAUUUGGCAAUUUUAUUGUCAAGCCCAGCUAGUAUGGCCUUGUAGAAGAGUUCAUAGGGUAGAAGCCUCUGCUUUCAUGGCUCCCCCAUAUUCUAAUUUUCUGGCUUUGUAUCUUUUUAAUGGCCAGAUAUGAUAAAACACUUUGAAGCACUGAGCAUCAUAUUUCUUUUCCCUCCAAAUUAAACCACAAAUAGAAUACUCUUCCAAAUUGUUGGU